AUGUGGCAGACUUCUGUCAUCACGCACCCGCUAUCUCUGCUACUACUGCUAUUCCCUGUGCAGCUCGACGGAGAAUAUAUUCCUCGGACUCCAUUUCAACUUGACGAAGAGUUUGUAGAUAUUUUGGAGGAGUUUUACGGCACAGGGGCUACCUCAGAACCUACCAAAGAGCGAUUCGAGGAGAAGAGCAUGAUUGAGCCUCUAGAUCGAUUUAUAUAUCUAAAGGGAUACUGUGAUUAUGAAAUCAAAUAUAAAAAGGUGCACAAGAAGCUUGGGUGUGUGAAGGAACACUACUUCCUCCAAGAAAAGUAUGAGGACAUCAGACAGAUGUGUUAUUACUCAUUUGUAAGAUGUAAGAAUGGCAUUAGAAAAUGCCACAGGAGUAAGAAAUUUAUGUUUGCUGUGUAUUGUAAAUUAAUAAGCGGAACCCGCCUACCAGAAUGUUAUUAUGAAGGUAUUUCCAUGAGAGGACUGGCCUUAAUCACUUGUAAGUGGCAAAAUGAGAUUGGAGAACUUAUUCCCUUUAGCAUAGAUAGUAUUUCCAUGCCAUAUUAG